UAUGCCUCUGGGGGGUGACAUCAUUAAGUGCCGCACCGGGUGACACCAGACCUCGCUACACUACUGUACUGCCAUACUGAAUACAAUAUACCUACCAGCACACGUUCCAUUCCCCGAUCACUAGGUCACCCUGCCCCUUUACACAUAAAUAACCUGCCUUUCAACAACAGGAUCCUAUGAAUCCCUAUUAGAGCUUGACAUAAACGUCCCCUACCUGAGACCGUUGCAAUAAUAGCGGAUUUCAAAUCUGUCAAGCUACACAUUUACACAAGGAUGUAAACUAUAUAUCUUUAUGAACGAUUAAUCAGUGCUGGUUGCUGUUGAUGUAUUUUAAAGCAAGUGUCGCUGCUACGUCAGCUACUACAACAACUACUACUACACCUGACCUGUCAAUUUAAAAGAAUACAACCGCCACUAUCCCGACAACAACAACAACAAAAAUAUCACUAACUACCAUGAAUUCAACAAUGUUUCUUCAAUCAACCUUGAAUACUUCCUUGACAAACACUCCAACAAACCAGCUGUCUACCACUCAAGACUUUCCUACUGAUAUUGUAUUGAUGAUGCGUGUCUCACAAAUGAAUCAACAUACUGCUAAUAUACUUUUCACAGAACUACUCUUAAGCACGUUCUUGUUCUGCAUUUGUAGUGUCUCCUCUUCGUGUAGACUUCCCGCGACUUACCGUCCAACAUCUGAAUACUUUUACGACGCCGGUUCUGUUGAUGAAAGCGGCUAUGGCUACUCUAAUGAAAUAUUCACGUGCAGUAUGGAGGACUUCAAUCUAGCACAGUCUACAACAUACCUGACCUGCAUGCGCAGACAGACAUCUUGUGAUAACUGCGGAUAUUUUAAUUUCACAACCAGCCAGUAUAUUGGUCGAACCUGUCACGUCGAAUGGGUGUCUACGCAAGCAGUAACAAUAGAAUAUACUUCCCACAGAGUGAACUUCACCUGUGACUCUACUAGGGUGCAGUGUAUCAAUAGAGGUGCCUCUGCUAUCCCAACACUGCCUACCAGUUCUAGCACCACCACAGACACUAGUGUAAAACCAAGCAUUACUGAGAUUGUGCAACUUGGUAUUCCUUACAACGAAGAAACCAAAGACAAGAUCUUUUAUAUUUCAAAUAUUCUAUACGCUACUUUUUAUACACUCAAUACUUUCUUCCCCAAAUCACUUGUGAUUGUAAUCGUAAUACUUUUUAUUGUAUUUUAUUUAUGCAAACAUGCACGUCGUAAACAACUGGAAUCAGAACUUCGAAGAAAUGUACGCAGAACAACGUUUGUAGACGUGCGGAACUACUAUACCGCCAGACCCAGAGUGCCAAGACCGAUUAAGGGGCCGAAAUUUCGUCGCCAAUUUUAUUUUUUCAAAAAGUGGUUGACGCCAAGUUCGCUUUUUUCUCACAAUCAAAAGCUCAUUGUUGUAGAAAAAAUUAUUUAAAAAAAAAAGUCAAAGCCUUUUCCAAAAUUAGACCACUUUCAUGACGUACGGUUUGAAACUACCCGCAUCAAAUCGUGUCGAAAAAUUAAACAUCGAAAAAAACUAAUACAUUUAUUUUAACCAUAAUAGUAAAGUAAUGUCAAGUUUAUGUUUGACUUUAAUAAAUUAUAUGAUAGGUAUUCUCGAUGACAGAAUAUGGACAUAAUGUUAAUUAAGGGGGGGGGGGCGAUUUUCUUAAACACUUUUUUUCUAUAUUAGAACUUAUGAAAAAAAAUAUUCUUACACAUAUGGAUACACAUUUUUAUGUUGAUCUCUUUUUGUCUUUUGCUUGUAAUUGUCUUUACUGCGAGAUUUAAAAAAAAAACAAGCUAACAUUAUGUAUUAUUUAUAAAAAUUAAAAAGAAGAAUCUUCCUUUAA